UAUAACUAACCUAACCCCAGUCAUCUACAAUGGACAUCGUGGAAUCGUUGAUUGCUUUGAAUACCUGCAUGCAAAUUGGUGCACUCACCCAAUGGCUGGUGGAUGGUAAAAAGGGCAAAAUUUAUCUCUCACGUCUACUCGAAUGCUAUGCCGUUUGCACGAUAAUCGUCGCGCUCGUUCUCCUACUCUAUGGCAUUUUUACCUACGACGACGAUUUUCAUAAAUCUGGCAAUGAUAUUGGUCAUACUGUGGACUAUAUACAAAUAAUUGGCAUACGGGUGGCUCAUGCGGUUACUAUUUUGGAGGCUUUCCUACAGCGACACAGUCAAAGUCUGUUCGUCAAGCAGGUGCGAGAGAUUGAUCGAAUAUUCGAGUGUUCGCUAAAUGUGGAUGUGGAUAAUCGCGCCCUACGCACUCAGCUCAUACGUCGCGGCAUUAUUAUGCUCGCCAUAUACUUAGCCUCCGAGCUAUUUAUACUCUUCGCGAAAUUUCUCGUUAAAGAUCGCCACUUCUCUAUAUAUUGGUUAUUCUAUCUGCUACCGUUUUUUAUUUGCGGUCUACGCUACUUUCAAAUAUUUGUCGCCAUUACGAUUAUACGCCAACGUUUGGAUAAAUUGUUGUUGACCUUGAAUGAACUUAAUCUGUUAAACAGCAAGCAGAAGCAGGCUACAAAUAGCAACUCUAAUACGAAUAUAAAAUUCAUAUCACAAACCUUGCCAAUCUACGAAACGUCCGAGUACCUACAUCGUCACUAUGAUAUGGAAAAUCCUGAUAUGAAACGUUUGCUAAUCAUACGCGAUCUCUACAAUCGUUUGUGGGAGUCAACGGGCACGCUUAAUAGAGACUUUGGCAUUUCGAUAUUGAUAAAUGUGGGCAAUGACUUCAUAUCCAUCACAUCGAAUUGUUAUUGGAUUUUCUUGAAUUUUAAAGGUUACUCCGCUACCUUGAAUGACUUUUUGCAAAUCGCUAGUAGUGCAGUCUGGUCAGUGCCGCAUGUCUUCAAUGUGCUAAUAUUGGCAUUACUCUGCGAGCGAACGGUCCAGAAGACAACUGCAAUCGCACUGGGUCUUCAUCGGAUGGAAACAAAUAUAUGGAACGAUAAUCACAAUACUGUGAUCGAGCAAUUCUCCUUACAGCUGCUACAUCAAAAGUUGGUCUUCUCUGCUGCCGGAUUCUUCGAUAUCAAUUGCACUCUGCUCUAUGCGAUCGCUGGGGCCACCACAACUUAUUUGAUUAUACUAAUACAGUUCCAUAUGAGUGAAAAUAGGGUAACAAGUUAA